AGCUUCGUCGAGGUGCGUGGUCGACUGCCAAGGAAACGAGCCAGCCAACAUCCAGGUUUUCCGUACCAGCGAUGCGACAUACCCGGACAUCCAACAGAAGAAGUGGCGGCCGGUGGUCCUCAGUCGGGGGUGGCAAUCCCCAUCGUCAGCAACAGCAACGCAUUCACCAGAUAUAAACUGGGGGCGGCCGUCGACACAGCUUUGUGGGCUCGGCGACUGCGCAUCUGCACAGCUCGCUAAACCAUUUGCUCUUGCAAUGCAGGUUAGUCAACCAUACGCUCUCUUUGCUAAAAAAUCUAGCAAUUAUUUCCUGAUGCAGUUGCCGAGCCCGCACUGCUGUGCCGCCAUUGCUGUCGAAUGUGCUCAUAUUAUUCAUGCCUUGCUGAUUUUGGCCGGGGAUGUGGAAAUAAACCCGGGUCCUAACAUUCCUGAAAACCUACUAACCGAAUUGCGAAAACUAACCGCCGGUCAGAACCAGCUGAUCACUGAAAUUCAUGGUCUUAAGUCGCAACUUACUUCUACCGAUAAAGCAAUUACUGAUCUAAGCAAACGAAUGAAUGAUCUUGAGAGUCACUACCAGACACUUUUGCCCAUUCGAAGCGAAGUGGAUGCAAUGCGCACCACGACUGAACAGGCUAUUUUUCGCAUUUCCGAGCUCGAAGCACGUAUCGACGAUGCCGAAAAUCGCUCACGGCGGGACAACCUAAUUUUUUACGGCAUUCCUGACCCUUCCAGCUCGGAAACCACUGCAGACUCCGAAAGAUUGAUUGUGGAACUUUGCCGCGAUAGGUUGCAACUAACCAUCGACCCUAAAGAAAUAGAACGUGCACAUCGCAUCGGUCGUCACUCCCCCAAUCACUCUCGCCCCCUCAUAGCAAAAUUUACUUUCCAUAAAACCAAAGUUAACAUCCUUUCGAGUGGCCGGAAGCUUAAGGGCACUGACUACAGUAUUAGCGAGGACUUUUCGCGAUCAGUACGAAAUUCCCGAAAACAUCUCGUUGCUUUCGCAAAAGGUAAAGGCGUUCCGUUUUCACUCCGCUUUAAGACCUUGUUCAUUGGUUCCAGAAGAUACACCUUUGAUGCCGCCUCGAGUAGUGUCAAAGAGUUGUCAUAGCAGCUACAUCACCCCAAACAGAAAAAUAACAUAACACCAACUUGCUCCAGAGAUAGCGCUUCGCUUUCUGUAAUAUACACGAACGUGCGCAGUUUCCUGCCAAAGCGUGAAUUGGUGUCGAACAUAGUUUCAUCUACCGAUAGCAACGUACUAUUACUAACUGAGACAUGGCUGAGCAGCGCCGUUACUGAUAGCGAAGUUCUAGCCGACCUGCCCGGUUUCUGCCUCUAUCGGAACGACCGCGCAGGAACCCGUGGUGGUGGUGUGCUAGUCGCUGUUCGUGAGCAGUUGCCAUGCUCGCUAAUUAACGUCACA